GCGUUCGAUGGUCGACGACCUUCACCAAUCAAAGAGGAAUCGAACCAAUCGAGAGAGGGAAAUAUCCCAAAUGUUUAUAUCGCUAUCUUUUAUGACCUCGACCAAACACACAACGUUUUCGAUUCGCUGUCAGUUGAGUUAUUUGGUCUUCGUUCAUCUUUCAAUCUAGUAAUCGUUUAACGUGAUUUCUCUAACAAAGACCUUCGGUAAUAAGAAAAAAACCACAUUAAGUAUUAUGUUCGAAAAUAGAAAAUGCAUCGGUCACGCGGUUGGGGGUGCUGUUGUUGGAGUUGCCGUGUUUUAUACUUUUGGGCUUUUCGUAGUGGGAAUGGCGAUACAAAAGUUUUUGUCUCCGAAUUCUUCGCAGCGGGUGACACCGACCGCAGAAAAAUCGAGAUCGAGAGGUUGUGGUUGUGGAAAAAAACGUUCGAAGAGCGAACAUUUGGAAAUUCCGAAGAAUCAGGAGAAGCAUAAAAAUCGUCGUUCCUGUUCAAAAAGUCCAUGCGAAAAACCAAAAUCCCUGCAGCCAAUGACCUGCCAUUCGAGGGCAUCGUUAAAUUCUUCGGACCAAUCGAGCUCUAAAUCAGAAUCAAAAUAUUCUUCGACUUGCUCGCAAAAAAUGUCACAUUGUUCAAAAUAUGGCGAAAAAGUUAAAACGGAAAAAUCGCCCAAAGUGUUGAUCGACCGGUGUUCAAACAGUGAAGAGAGUUCGAAAUUUUCGUCAAACAUCUCAACCGACUAUUUGCCAUUGAAAUGGGAAAAGCAUCAAGAUUCAUCUCCAACUUGUUCAGUUUCGCGUAACAAAAGUGAAAAAUCGUCGCACACAAAAUCGUUAGAAAGUAAACAUUUUUCCAAAAUUAUAACACCCGUGAAAGUUUCGGAAAACAGUGAUUCAGAAUCGAGAAAAAUCUCGACGUUGAAUGUCGAAAAAUCGGAGAGCGCGAUUGCAACGCGUGGCAGUUUUGACCACGAACAGAGUUCCGAUUUCACUCGCACGAUGGCAACUGUGGAUGGCCCGGAAUUUCUAACUCUCCCGAAUUUCGACGAACCUGAAGUCGCGACUUCUACAAAAUAUGUCAAAACACUGUGAAAAUAAUUUUGUUGUAACUUUCAUUGUUGAAUUUUCGACAUUCUUAUUCCUCAUGCAACUUGAUUUUGGGUUUUGUAUUAAUAAAUUGAUGAUUGAAUAUUUUUUUGAAAGACCUUGAAAAAUCAUUCGAAAUUGGCUCUUCUCCUCGCUUGUGUCCGUUGUAUUGGACCCGAGUAGUCCAGCCAUUUUUUCGAUAGAUUGUUUCGUAAUAAUCCGAGUUGUAUUUUAGCAAUAAAAAAUUAUUAUAAAUUCAAA